AAAGGAUGCUGAGAGCACAGGAAAUUUCAUUUACUCUCCAUGGCAGUUCUCUCAAGAAGGCUUUUUCGUUCUCUUCUCUCAAAUUCUAAUAUCUCUAGCGUUUAUAGGCCCUUUUGCACCUCCAACAUCUCUUCCUCUCACCCCAUAUCUGACUCUGGAGAGUCGCCUGUCAACUCGGACGCCAACCCAGUUCCUGAAUCGUCUUCUCCAACAUCAUCAACUCGAGGCUCCGGUGAGACACGUCAGGCCUAUAAUCGCCCUCUUGAGAAUGGCCUCGAUGUGGGCAUUUACAAGGCAAUAUUGGUGGGGCAGGUGGGACAGAGUCCGUUACAGAAGAAGCUGAGGAGUGGUAGAACAGUGACGCUGUUUUCGUUGGGGACAGGCGGGAUUCGGAACAACAGGAGGCCACUGGAUAAUGAGGAUCCGAGAGAGUAUGCGAAUAGGAGUGCUGUUCAAUGGCACCGGGUUUCGGUUUACCCCGAGAGAUUGGGAGGAAUUGUCAUGAAGCAUGUUGUUCCGGGAUCGAUUAUAUAUAUAGAAGGAAAUUUGGAGCAAAAAGUUUUCAAUGACCCGAUGACUGGUCUUGUUCGGCGUAUACGAGAGAUUGCAAUUCGUAGUAAUGGGCGCCUUGUGUUUUUGGGAAAUGGUGGUGAUCCAGGGCCUUCAUCACGACAAGAAAUGAGAGGUGUCGGCUAUUACUAAAUUCAUCAUAUUGAAGUGAGAGCAACUGUAGGUUCAUUAACACAUGAAUUCAAUUUUCAAUAUUUCAAUUAUAUUUUGACUUUGUUUAAGGUACUUAUAUUCUGAAAAUCUUGCACAAAUGUGUUCUUUUAAGUGCUAUUGUUGUGUUACUUUUUUCGCACUCUUAAUCAUAUGAUCUGCAGUAGUUUGAACACCAACCGGAUUGUUCAUUACUGUUCUUGAAA